AUGCCUGAAGCUGAUGUUUAUAUAGACCUUACAGAAGAUGUUACAGUAGAGGUGACAUCUUACUGUGAUUCACAGACUCAAACUGACGAUAAUGCUAUGGUUACCAGUGUCGAUACAAAAGAAAUAGAAGUGCAGACAAAAAUUUGUUUGGAUAACUUAUGUGAAUUUACAACUGAAGAUUUCCAGAAACACACCAAUAUCACAAGAAAGUUAUUUAUGAAAUCAGUGCUCAAAGAUGACGAAUCUUGUAAAUUCUACACAGGACUGACAAUAGCAAUGCUCAUUUAUGUGUUCACAUGGCUGCAAAAGAAGGCAGAAAAACUCAACUACUGGAGAGGUCAAGACACAACAGAAUCUAAAACUAACAUUAAAGUUGGACCGAAGAGGAAACUAACAACUAAGGAGGAAUUUAUCAUAACACUUGUUAGACUGAGAAGAGGCUUUGAUGUGGAAGUAAUAAGUGAUUUAUUUGGAGUGCACCCAUCUCAAAUAAGUAGAAUUUUCACAACUUGGAUCAAUUUUUUGUACGCAGAAUUGAAGUUUCUUAUUUCAUGGCCAUCCCGAGAACAAAUUGCUUCCAAUAUUCCAAAGGCAUUCAAACAUUUUCCAACGACAAGAUCAAUUAUAGACUGCACAGAGUUCUUUGUACAAAAGCCAAGUCUGCCCUCUUCUCAGCGUGUAACAUGGUCUCAGUACAAACAUCACAACACUUUUAAAGCACUAAUUUCAAUUUCACCUACUGGAACUUUCACCUUUAUUUCCAAAUUAUUCACAGGAAGUAUUUCAGAUCGUCGCAUUGUUGAAGAGAGUGGCUUUUUGGAGAAAAUAGAGCACGGUGAUGACAUUAUGGCUGACAGGGGUUUUUUAAUACGUGAUAUGUUAGCCAGACGAUCUGCCACUUUAAACAUACCACCGUUUUCUAUGGGAAAGCAGUUGAGUAGUCGUGCCGUAACAAAGACACGCAGAAUUGCAAGUGCUCGCAUUCAUGUGGAGCGUGCAAUAGGCAGGUCAAAAACAUUCAAAAUUUUGCAAGGAGUUAUGCCUCUUAAACUGCAUGUAUUGUUUGAUCAAAUAGUAGGUGUGUGUGGAGUGUUAUGUAAUUUAGAUACACAACUAGUGAAGUAA